CGGGGGCACCCCCGGGAGCGGGGCCGGCACCUGCCGGGCCCCCGCCCCGCCCGGCCCAUUGGCUGCGGGACCCGGGGGCCGCCCCGCGCCGCCCGCCCCGCCCCCGCGCCGCCCCCCCGGACCCGGGCCCAUAUUAGCGGGCGCGGCGGCGCGGCGGCCCCGCAGCGGGCGGCGGCACCGGGGCUGCAAGAUGCCGCGCUCGUUCCUGGUGAAGAAGCACUUCUCGGCCAGCAAGAAGCCCAACUACAGCGAGCUGGAGAGCCAGGCCGUGCUGGCCGCCCCGCUGCUGUACGAGACGUGCCCGCUGCCCGUCAUCCCCCCGCCCGAGGUGCUCGGCCCCGGCGCCUACUACCCACCGCUGGUGUGGGAUGCGGGGCUGCUCUCCAGCCUCUUCCCGGGCGGCCCGGGCAGCGAGGCGGCAGGCGGCACGACCCCCGCCCUGGACCUGACCGCGCUCUCCAGCGAGGAGGAUGAAGGCAAGAGCUCGGGGCCCCCCAGCCCAGCCUCGGCCCCCGCCGCCGCCGAGCGCUUCCGCUGCGCCCAGUGUGCCAAGGCUUACUCCACCUUCGCCGGGCUCUCCAAGCACAAGCAAUUGCACUGCGACGCCCAGGCCAGGAAAUCCUUCAGCUGCAAGUACUGCGAGAAGGAGUACGUGAGCCUGGGGGCUCUCAAGAUGCACAUCCGGAGCCACACGCUGCCCUGCGUCUGCAAGAUGUGUGGCAAGGCCUUCUCCCGGCCCUGGCUGCUGCAGGGCCACAUCCGGACGCACACCGGUAAUGCCGGCUCUCGCCCCUCUCCCUCCCUCCCUUAUCGCCUCCCGCUUCCCAGCUCCGAGGCCCCCAGCGAAUGGGCAGGCCGGGUGUUAUCUGGGAAGAUAAGAGCUUCCCAAACCCCCUUGGCACAUCUCUCUAAAAUGUCCUUUAAAUAUCCUCUUGGCUGGAACCGAGCACAGGGUCAAGGCUCUGCUCGGAAAUCUGUGCCGCUGCUGUUAGUGCUGUGUCUGCCCGUGAGCCAGCCCCAGGGCCACAGUGUGACGGCGCACACUUCACCCCAGUUUCAUAAACUGGGGCUAUGAGACAGCCGCAGCACUCCCUGAUGCCCAAAGCAUCCCUCUCUGCCCACACUGAGGGCUCCCAGCCAGGCUGUCCAGACCCGGCUGCCCACCACCGUGGCCUCCAACCCACCGCCCCACUCGGCAGCGAUGAGCCCAGCUCAGGGCUCACUCGCUGCCGGGAUGCACCACAGCAAGGCUCGGCAUGGCCUCUGGGCAGGUGCUGGGGGUGCGGGGCCGGCCACCCCCCGCACCUGUUGAUGCGGGUCCGGGUGCCGCAGCUGCAGCCCACCCUGCUGCCACGGCCGCCCGUACAAUGAAUCUCCUGAGCAUCCUUUGUGGGGCUGCGGGGAUAGUGUAAUUGUUACUUGGCACUGAUUUCACACCCUCUUAACGUACUAAAGAUGAUGGCUGAAGGAAGCUGGGAAGACUUAAUUGUGCUUUCCAAAUUGAGCAUACGCAUUUGUUUCCUCCAACAGAGGCUUUCUGGGAGGAAUUCACCCUGGCCAGGCUUUUCAGUGCGAGCCGGGCAGGAGAAGGGGGAGCGCGGGGUUAGGAAAUAGCUAUACUCACCCUGGCGCUGGCGCCUUUCAGCCGCUGCCUGCUAUGAUAUAAUUAACACAUAGUGCUUGGCUUUCCUGCCUCUCUGCAAACGCUUCGCUUUGGCUCCAGGCAGGAGAUGAGUAUCAUGUCUUCGUUUGUAUGUGCGACUGCAUUGCUGCUCGCAGAUGUUUCCAGCAUUAAUUUUCUGUGGUUCACCGGGGAGGCUUUUCUGGGAGUAGGAAAUUCCCAAGUCCGCGCUUUCCCCAAAGUGAAUGCUGUACAGACCUCUCCCGGCUUUCCCUCCAAACAAUAACAGCCAGCACUUCUUUUCACUGUGUUCUUCACAAACUUAGGCUAAUGAAUGGCUCUUUCUUUGAUAUUCCCUAUGUGUUGAUGCACUGGUUAAUUGGGAGCGUUUCUCUUUGUCCCAUAGGUGAAAAGCCCUUUUCCUGUACACACUGCAACCGGGCCUUUGCUGACCGCUCUAAUCUCCGAGCCCACCUGCAGACCCAUUCAGAUGUAAAGAAGUACCAAUGCAAAACCUGCUCCCGGACUUUCUCCCGUAUG